AUGGCUCGACCGAUGGAGAAAGUGGUGGACAUCAACGACACGAAAGAACUUUGGAAGGUGGCGGUGAGAGUUGUCCACAAAUGGAAGGUUGUAUCCAACAACAAGGAGCAUUGUGAAAUGAUCUUUCAAGACAAAGAGGGUUCUGAUAUUCACGUAGUUGUUCCAACGACGUGCAUGGCCGCUUACAAUGACAAGUUUGAAGUGAACCACACAUACACUGUAUCUAACUUUGCAGUGCAGCCAAAUAACUUGGUUUUUAAACCAAGCACCCACAAGUUCUUGGUGAAGUUCACUGGAGGAACUUCUGUGACUGAUGUCGACAAACACGACAUACCCCCCAUACAACGCACCUUCACCAGUUUCCCUGAUAUUAUCACCGGCAACUUUAAAAAGGACAUGUUGAUCGAUGUUAUCGGCGUUGUUGAUGCUAUUGGAUAUCAACAAACCGGGAGUGGUGGGAAAAAACUCAACAACACAAUGAACUGCACCCUUUGGGAGGACUAUGCCAAGCAGUUUUUCAAGUUUAGCGAGGAAAAUGCUUCGACAUCUGGACCAACUGUGGUUUUGCUUCUCUAUGCAAAAGUUAAAGAACAGGGUAUAAUUUUCUCAAAAGAAUCAUUGCGUACCGUUUCAAGCCAGCUCAGCUCGCAUUCUCAGCAAUACUCCCGCAGCUCGGGUUCUGAUAACGUUAGACAGAGUGACACUCAAAAGUUGCUUAGUAAGGCUGUUGCUCUGCCAUUGAGUCGGAUUAAACAACUGCGCGAGGACACUUUCUGUGCUACGGUUGCAAAGACACGAAAAAUUAUCGCUUCUUCCUAUGGAUGGUACUACCGGUGUUGCCAUGCAUGCACGAAAUCGGCUCGCGGUGAUAAACCUCCGUACGAAUGUGAUAAUCGCCAUUUGACUGAAACAGAAAUCUAUAAGUAUAAGAUUGAAGUUGAAGGGGUCCACCUUGAAACGUCUUGCAAGCUUAUUUUUUGGGACAGAGAAUGCACUCAGAUCUUAGGUGUCUCUGCUGCCCAAAUGCGGGACACAAUGAUACAGGCUGGUAUCACAGAUCCUUUGGAAUUUCCCCUCAAGCUUGAUGCCAUGACGGGCUUGGAUUUGGCUUUACGGGUUAGAUGGCAGCCCAGUUGGGACAGCUGCUCUGUUAUCAUGUUUGUAGCUGACAAGCCGUUUGUUAAACAAUUCGGUGCGCAAUGGCAGCCUACACAGGCCAACCACACCAGUUCUGAACCCUCUGCGACAAAGCUUCCACCUCAGAUAAAAGAGAGCGUCGAUGAAGCUAACACUGCUGCUGCCGAUGAUUGUGACAUUGUUACGGAUUUAGAAAUAACAUCCAAGCAUAACCCCGAUCCGCAAACACCCACUGCAAAAAGGCAAAACCAUGAUGGCUCAAGCGAAUCGACGACCGUGUGCGAUGGGGAACUUUCAUCGACAAAACUUAAAAAGAUCAUUAAGUUGGAGAAGAACAAAUAG